AUGUUGGACGACGAAGAAUGCACUCCACCCCCAAAAGCGUCUCCUAAAGGGAUCGAAAAGCGUCGAGGAGAGUUUGCACUCAAAGGAAGGGCUAUCUCCUUCCAUGAAAAAUUGGAAAAUGUAAAAAACAUUGGAAAUGAAGAGAAUAAUAAUGGAAAGACUGGAAGUAUUUCUAGUGGAAGUAGUAGUGGAUAUUCUUCUGAAGAAUUUGUUGCUGCUACUACUACAACUACUACUCAUGCAAGUAUUGUAGCGGCGAGGCAUAGGGCAACUAGUUGGUUGAGACAAAGAGCUAAUUCGACACGCAGCCGUUCUUCCCGUCGUUAUGUCCAUCAAGCCCAACAAACACGAAUCUUCCAACUCGGCGAGCUCUUAAAUGCCGAAUUCCAUUCAACAAUAUUUUCACAUCCAGAACAAUUUGAUGUACACGAAAGAGAGCUUAAAAUGUUGGUAUGGAACAGAUUUAGCCAGUUAUUAGUCUCUUUAUUAUGCGAAAGAAUAGAUGACGGAAAGGAUGAAGACAGUCAACAAAAAAGUAGUAGACGAUAUCGUUAA